AUAUCUUAGAAAACCUCUGCAGGUGAAUGACAGAGCAAGUAUUUGAUAGGCUGCAACCAUGAACGGAAAGGAAAAACCUCUGCAGGUGAAAACAUGAACGGAAAGGAAAAAGCUUCCAAUACUGAGGUGGAUGAACCAUACUGCAAAGAGAAAUUCACUUUCAUUACAACUGCUUCUUCUUUAGAACGAAUGUCACCAGAUUCAGAGCAUGACAUUCCCGAGGCCAAGGUUAAGCCAGUAAGACGCCAAAGCCAGAGUGGGCCACUAACAAGCAGGACCGUAUUAUGCCACUCAGCUUCAGAGAAAGGCCAUAUCUUUGAAAGAUCCGAGAGUGAGCAGCAGACGGCACCAACAGACCGCAGAGCACCUAGCUUUAGUGGUCCUUUGAAUCUUAAACCCGUGCUUCUGCAAACAGUUUGUCAACUCCCAUUAAAUACUCAGGAGGUGAACAAAUGACAUUGGCAAAUGAAUAUAUAU